CCUUUAGUGAAAUGAGAAGCCUUCGUCCUCCAUUCUUAGGUUGUAAGCGGAGUGAUUUGGUGUAUCUUCCUGUUCUCGACAGAGAGGGUUCACUUGUUCCUCCCAUUACCUACGAUUUGCUCAGCCAGAUUGAGGAGGACGAGUUGUUGCAUACGCUUGUGAAUGAGACGGUGCAGUACAAUCAAGAGGAUUGUCAAGCAGAAUCUACUAAUGGGGAGUGGCUCAUGCCGGUAAUUGUGAGGAUUACAAUCGUCUCGUGCAUUAUUCCAGUCAUGAUUCUACCUGAUUCCUUCCUUGUCUGCCUUUUGCUGAAUGAAGAUGAAGAAAUGAUCCUAUGGUUUUUGUUUAUUUCGCUUUAA